AUGACAGGUCCUUUGGAUGUGCUCAUUAUUGGUGCCGGCAUUGCCGGCCUCUCUGCUGCCAUUGCCCUCGGCAAACAAGGUCAUCGGGUGGUAAUUCUAGAAAGAUCGGGAUUUCUCAAGGAAACCGGUGCUGCAAUUCACCUGCCCCCCAAUUGUACGGCGCUGCUGCAAUGGCUGGGAAUAAACCCGAUGGACUUUGGGGGCACGUUGCUUCAUGAAAUUCACCGGUAUGGAUUCGAUGGCGACUUGAAAUACAAGAAAGAAUUUGCAGCGAUCCGCCAAGAGUGGCAGGCAGAGUGGUACCUAGUGCAUCGUGUCGAUUUGCACAAUAAUCUCAAACAGCGAGCGAUCGAGACCGCAACGUUGCACACGCAGUGCAAGAUCACAGAGAUCAACAUCGAGGGUACACGGCCCUGGGCCUCUAUCGAAGACGGUCGCACCUUUGUCGCAGACCUGGUGCUCGGGGCGGACGGACUCCAUUCCCAAGUUCGCAAAUCGAUCGCGCCAGGAGCACCCUCGCCGUAUCAGGUAGGGAAGUCUUGCUUCCGGUGGCUUUUACCCAUGGACCGCCUGAGAGAGCAUCAGUCAACGCUGGGUUACGUUCGGGACCCUGGUGUUUUUAUUGAGUGGGCCGCUGAGGACCGCCGGCUCGUUGCUUAUCCAUGCUCAAACAACAAAGUUUUCAACUUGUGUGCUUUUGUGCCUUCAAGUGAAGAAAAUAUAGGCAGCAAAAUUGAUAGCUGGCAAACGUUCGGAGACAAGGAAACCAUUGUGCGUGCAUUUUCCAAGUUCUCUCCCGGUGUAAAGCGAAUUGUCAACAGUGCGACCAACAAUCUCAACGUUUGGGAGCUGUAUGAUAUGAACACACUGCCUACUUGGGUCAAGGGUAACGCUGCUCUACUGGGCGACGCCGCUCACCCAUUUCAACCAUAUAUGGGUCAAGGAGGAGCUAUGGCCAUUGAAGACGCUGUCAGCAUCGCCACAUUGCUGGCGGCUGGAACGUGUGCCGAGGACAUUCCAGCGCGCCUGGAAAUGUAUCAAAGCUCACGGCGACCACGCGUUGACCUUGUCCAAAAUUUCACCCGACUGAAUGGACGGGAUGAGAACGAUGCCUCUGGCAAUCGAAUCACGCCGGCGGACAUGGUGAAGAUCAUGAGAAUCUGCUUCUCGUACAACGAGAUUGAGCAUUCCACCCAGCUACUGGCUGGCCAAGAGGGUUCGUGA